AUGAAAAGAGGUGCUGGCAACGUCAUUGUGCUAAAGUCUUCAAUUGCAGUGCAGGAAGGCGCCUCGACGCAAUCCAAUGCCAUUGGUUGCAUCGAUUUGCGCAGUGGCCUGCUCGCCGCGGCGCGGCAGGGCCGGCCGCGUGCAGCGCUGCGCUAUCUCCGCCGGCUCAUGGGGCCGCUGCAGGCCCUUCGAGAGGAGCAGAGCACUGCCGGACUAUUGGACCAGAUCAGUCUGGUUUUCCUCGCGUGCGAGCGUGGCGGCGAAAGCAGUCUGGCGGAGCAAUGGCUUCAUCGUAUCCGAGCAGCAGGUCAUGCACCAACUGCAGAGCAUUUCUGGUACUCCAUGAAAGCUUUUGCCAAGAAGGGCUUGUCCAGGGAUGCAGAGAGAUGUUUCCGUGAAAUGCUCCGCUGCUGCCUGCAAGCAACUGCGAUGGAGUGCACAAUGAUGAUACGUGCUUCUGGGAAGUCGGGCGAUUCUCAACGUGCACUUGCUUGGCUGAUGCGGAUGCAUGGUGCUCAACUGACUGUGGAUGUCUUUGCCUACAACGCCGUGCUCGGAGCAUACUCAAUGGAGGGAGAUUUCCGCUCUGCUUUGAAUCUGGUCAAGGCUAUGGAGUCUGGAUUUCUGCACAGCAUCAAGCCAGAUGCCGCCAGCUAUGCAGCAGCUGCCAAUGCUUGCACAUCCUCGGAGACCCGACGAAGGCAUCACCUCGCGGAUCUUGCCGAGCAGCUGGUUGAGCGCAGCCGAUCCGCCAUGAUGGAGGUGGAUGGCGCCGUGUACCGUAAGCUCCUGCGGCACGGUGCGAGGCAAGGGGAUGCAGAGCGCGUGGGACGUUUGCUCAGCCGAAUGGCAGCUUUGUGCACAGAUCCCGGCCCUUCGGCGAUCCUGGAGGCCUUGUCAGCGUGCAGCACGGCACCCUUCCUGGGUUUAGCCGGCAACCUCCUCGAGAAGCAUCCCAGAGGAGCUCUCUUGUUGGCACGGCCUUUCGUGGAGCUUGGCGACUGGCGUCGGGUGCAGAGGCUUGGUCGAGACACUGGGACGGCUAUGGCAGUCCUUCAAGGCGACACGGUUUGUGUCUGGCCAAUGCUGCGACUGAUGGCACUUUCUGAAGCCGUUCCGAGGAGACGGCAGAAAUGCCUCGAAGCCGCUGCAGACUUCCUGUUGGCGGGAGGGCAGUUGUCAGCCAAGGACGAAAAUCCUUGCUCCGCCGCAGCGGUGCUGCUGCGACGUGGCCUGGGUGGUCGUGCCGUUUCGCACAGGCACCGCAACGCAGCUGGACACAGCCCACUACGAAGCUCCAGGCAAAGCCAUCUUGGCUGUGCUAGCCGAGUGAGCGCUGCACUGGAUGCUGAAGAUCCGAAGCAGGCAGAAGUUUGGCUGCGCAGGUGGAUGCAACUCGCAUGCCUUCCUCGUCUUACAGAGGUCUCGGCGGCGGACCGCACAGGACCCAGAAGACGUGCGAUAGUUUCAUGGAGGGACCACGAAGUCUCGCCGUUAAUGCGCCGACAGGAGGAGGUGAGACGGUCCAUGCAGGACAGAGGCAACACCGGCAAGCCAAGCCCCCAGCAAAGAUACCGGGAAUCUGCAGAGGAGCGCGGGUUGGCAGCAGCCGCCCGGCUUGCCGCAGCUGUCGCGGCUGCGACAAGCCAUCACCCGGCUCCAGCCGUGCAAGCACACGCAUCUGCGGAGAAUUUUCGACUUCGCCGUCACAGCACUGGAUGUCGAACAGCACCAGGACAGCCAACGCCGUCUGUGCGACAGGCAUGGACUGAUGACCGGCAGGAUGCCAAAGAGCGCCCUCGCGAGGGCCCUCAGUCGGAGAUGCGAGCACGCGAAACUCGCCAGCCGCGCGUCGCGCCGGGCGAGGUCGCUCCACGUAUUGACACCUCUCCGCUGCGGCCACGCCUUGCACGUGCGCAAAGCGCACGACGUCCCACGAGACCUUCAGCUCCCGCACGGGCGCGCAGUGCCGACCCUCGCCGGCGUCAGGAAGGAGCCUUUGGCGGCUUUGUGCCCGAGCGAAGGGAGGAAGCAGAUCCGUCGCUCAUGGAGGACGUUGCGAAGCCAGAGAAGCCAAGGCCAUCCGGUCCCGCAGGCAUCCCAAGUCCCAGGCUCCAUGGGGCACAAGCCGCUGGGGCACGUCGCAGCACCGGGCAGAUCCUUACUGCCACGGUCGCAGCUGUGGCAUCACGCCGUGCGAGCACGGGCAGCAUGUCCAUCAUGGAUCAGCAACCAACGCCGUUCAGGAGUUUGAGCAGCAAAAUAUUCUCCGGAUCGUAUUCCGUGGCCAAGUUCUUGGGCCGAGGCGCAUCUGCUAGCGUUUGGGAGGCUGUUCGAAGUGACAACGAGCAGCGAGUAGCUGUGAAGGUUUUCGACCAGGGGCAGCGGGACAAGCGCCAGGCCCAUCGAGAGAUGAAAGUGCUAUCGAGGGUGCGACACCCUCGUAUUGUCGAGGCCUUUGAGGUGAUCGAGACGCCGCGCUAUGCGCAGUUGGUGUGCGAGGUCGGAGAAAAGGCUGAGGCGAUCAAGCAUAGCGAAAGGUUUCAACGACUACAGGAGAGAACAAGUGUCGUCGUCGCUUCUGCUGCUGAGGGGGUGAAACGGGCACGUGAAAAGAUUGGUCGACCUGCCAACGCGAUCGAGUUUGAAGCGCAGCUCGAAAGUCGAGCCAAGUCGACUCGUACACUGGCCAGUAUUGUCGAGAUGCACAAGUCCUGGGUCCAGAGCAUCUCAGCAGGCAACAAGGAGGGGCCACGGGUGGUGUCUGGGGACCACGAGCUUGGAUUCAAGGAAAUGUUCCUUCAGAGUCGCGCAUUGGAGUAUUCAAUGGAG